GCGCCAGACGCCGCGGCUCCCGGCUCGCGAGCGCAGCUGCCGCGGCGCGGGCCGCGCUCGGCCGAGCUCCGGGCGCCCCUCCCCCUCCGCGCCGGGAUCCCGACGAGCGCGCGCGGGCCGCGGCCGCUCCCCGGCGCCGAGCCAGGGGCCAGGCGGCGGCGGCGGCGGCGGCGGCGAGGGGCGGCCGCGCGGCCAUGGGCGCGCCGGCGCGGCCCUAGGGCGGGCGCGGAGACCGCAGCCGGCGCGGCGGCCCCUCAGCGAGCCUUCGGCGGCGGCGGCGGCGGCGGGAGCGGCGCGGCCGGGAUGAGCGGCGGCGGCGGCGGCGGCGCGGCGCCCGGCCCGGGCUCGGGCUCCUCCCCGGCCGCCUGCCGCUUCGCGCACUACUUCGUGCUGUGUGGGAUCGACGCGGACAGCGGGCUGGAGCCCGACGAGCUGGCGGUUUUGUACCAAUGGCUAGAAGCCGAUCGUCAUGGCAAGAGCCAAGAUGCUGCAAAUGCGACUUCAGGUGAAAACUUUGACCAAAGCCCUUUGAGAAGAACAUUCAAAUCCAAAGUUCUGGCCCACUAUCCUCAGAACAUAGAGUGGAACCCUUUUGAUCAAGAUGCAGUCAACAUGCUGUGCAUGCCCAAAGGGCUGUCAUUCAGGACACAAACGGACAAUAAAGACCCUCAGUUCCACUCAUUUAUAAUUACCCGGGAAGAUGGUUCUCGCACCUACGGUUUUGUCCUCACUUUUUAUGAAGAAGUUACAAGUAAGCAGAUCUGCACAGCGAUGCAGACACUGUACCAGAUGCACAAUGCGGAGCAUCCCGGUAGCGUGCAUGCUUCCUCCUCCUGCAGCAUGGACUCCCUCGCCAGCAGCUGCGAGGAGGGCGACACAACCUCCCUCCUGAAACUGCAGCGGUACAACUCCUACGACAUCAACAGAGACACCCUGUAUGUUUCCAAAAGCAUUUGCCUCAUCACCCCGCUCCCCUUCAUGCAAGCCUGCAAGAAAUUCCUGUUCCAGCUUUACCGGGCGGUUACCUCCCAGCAGCCACCGCCCUUGCCACUAGAGAGCUACAUCCACAAUGUUCUCUAUGAGGUGCCCCUUCCACCUCCGGGGAGGUCACUGAAAUUUUACGGCGUGUACGAACCUGUCAUCUGCCAGAGACCUGGACCCAAUGAACUCCCGCUCUCCGAUUACCCUCUGCGAGAGGCCUUUGAGCUCCUGGGACUGGAAAACCUGGUGCAGGUGUUCACCUGUGUUCUUCUGGAGAUGCAGAUCCUUCUCUAUUCACAAGAUUAUCAACGCCUGAUGACGGUGGCGGAAGGCAUCACCACACUUCUGUUCCCGUUUCAGUGGCAGCACGUGUACGUGCCCAUUCUCCCCGCGUCUCUCCUGCAUUUCCUUGACGCCCCCGUCCCGUAUCUGAUGGGCCUUCAGUCGAAAGAAGGAACUGACCGUUCUAAACUAGAGCUGCCUCAAGAGGCGAAUUUGUGCUUUGUGGAUAUUGACAACCAUUUUAUAGAGUUGCCUGAAGAAUUUCCACAGUUCCCCAAUAAAGUAGAUUUUAUCCAGGAGCUCUCUGAAGUUCUUCUUCAAUUUGGGAUCCCUCCGGAGGGCAGCCUGCAUGGCAGUGAGAGCGCCACCAGACUGAAGAACCUGGUUCUGAAAGACCUGGUCAACGACAAGAAGAAUGGCAACGUCUCCACUAAUAACAUCAGCAUGUAUGAGUUCCUGAGGGGCAACGAAACCAUGGCCCGCCUGCAGGCUCUGGCCAAGCGGACUGGCGUGGCUGUGGAGAAGGUGGACCUCUCUUCGCUGGGGGAGAAGGAGAAGGAUUCCAAACUGCAGUGUGAAGACGCAGAGCUGAGGGACUACCAGCUGAACGUGCAGCUCCGGGAGGUCUUCGCCAACCGCUUCACCCAGAUGUUCGCAGAUUAUGAAGCCUUUGUCAUUCAGACUGCCCAGGACAUGGAGUCCUGGCUCACCAACCGGGAGCAGAUGCAGAACUUUGACAAAGCUUCCUUUCUAUGUGACCAACCUGAGCCUUACCUGCCAUUUCUUUCACGCUUUAUUGAAACUCAGAUGUUUGCCACCUUUAUUGAUAAUAAAAUUAUGUCUCAGUGGGAAGAGAAAGAUUCUUUGCUUCGGGUCUUUGACUCUCGGAUCGAGAAGAUAAGACUGUAUAAUGUAAGGGCACCCACCUUGCGGACAUCCAUAUAUCAGAAAUGCAGCACUUUAAAAGAAGCAGGUGAACCCCUUAGGCACAGGCUGUCUGCUGCUGACAUUGUGGCUCCCGAACCUCGUGGUUUCUGUGCAGAAAGACAACCAGUUGAUACCCAGUCAAUUGAGCAGAGACUGAUGAAAAUGGAUCACACUGCAAUCCACCCACAUCUGCUUGAUAUGAAAAUUGGUCAAGGCAAAUACGAGCAAGGAUUCUUCCCAAAGUUACAGUCCGACGUCUUGUCCGCAGGACCCACCAAUAACAACCGCUGGGUGAGUCGCAACGCUGCCACGCAGCGCAGGAAGGAGCGUCUUCGCCAGCACUCGGAGCACAUCGGGCUGGACAGCGACUUGCGGGAGAAAUAUAUGCAAGAGGCACGAAGUUUAGGAAAAAACAUGAGGCAGCCCAAGCUGUCAGACCUCUCUCCGGCAGUGAUCGCACAGACUAACUGGAAGUUCGUAGAAGGCUUGUUAAAAGAGUGUCGGAUGAAGACAAAACGCAUGUUGGUGGAGAAAAUGGGCCACGAAGCUGUGGAGCUGGGCCACGGAGAAGCAAACCUCACCGGCUUGGAGGAGAACACCCUGAUCGCCAGCCUCUGUGACCUGCUGGAGAGAAUAUGGAGCCACGGCCUGCAGGUCAAGCAGGGGAAGUCAGCUUUGUGGUCGCAUUUAAUUCAGUUUCAGGAUAGAGAAGAGAAACAGGAGCACCUUGCAGAAUCACCAGUUGCCCUGGGACCAGAAAGAAGAAAGUCUGACUCGGGGGUCAUGCUCCCCACACUCAGGGUCUCACUGAUCCAGGACAUGAGGCAUAUUCAGAACAUGAGCGAGAUUAAGACUGAUGUUGGCCGGGCUCGGGCGUGGAUAAGGCUGUCUCUAGAGAAGAAGCUCCUGUCACAGCAUCUCAAGCAGUUACUCUCUAACCAGCCCCUCACCAAGAAGCUCUACAAACGGUACGCUUUUCUGCGUUGUGAGGAAGAGCGCGAGCAGUUCCUCUACCACCUUCUCUCCCUCAAUGCCGUGGACUACUUCUGCUUUACCAGCGUGUUCACCACCAUCAUGAUCCCGUACAGGUCCGUGAUCAUCCCCAUCAGAAAGCUGAGCAACGCCAUCAUCACCUCACACCCCUGGAUCUGUGUGUCCGGAGAGCUGGGGGACACGGGAGUCAUGCAGAUCCCCAAAACUCUUCUGGAGAUGACCUUUGAGUGCCAGAACCUGGGGAAGCUGACCACUGUCCAGAUCGGUCACGACAACUCAGGGCUGUUAGCCAAAUGGCUGGUGGACUGUGUCAUGGUCAGAAAUGAGAUCACAGGACAUACGUACAGAUUCCCCUGUGGGCGGUGGCUGGGGAAAGGCAUUGAUGACGGGAGCCUGGAGAGAAUCCUCAUUGGAGAACUGAUGACGUCGGCCUCUGACGAGGACCUGGUCAAGCAGUGUCGGACUCCACCCCAGCAGAAAUCUCCCACCGCGGCACGGAGACUGAGCAUCACUUCCCUGACGGGAAAACCUACCAAACCCAGUGCUGGGCAGAUCCAAGAAGGAAUUGGAGAAGCCGUGAACAAUAUUGUGAAACAUUUUCACAAACCUGAAAAAGAGAGAGGAAGCCUCACGGUCCUGCUGUGCGGGGAAAAUGGCCUGGUGGCCGCUCUCGAGCAGGUGUUCCACCAUGGUUUCAAGUCUGCCCGCAUCUUUCACAAGAACGUCUUCAUCUGGGACUUCAUAGAGAAAGCGGUUGCUUACUUUGAAACCACUGACCAGAUUCUGGACAGUGAAGAUGAUGUCCUUACUCAGAACUCAUCCUGCAGAACCUUCUGCCACUACGUGACCGCCAUCAACACCGCACCCAGGAGCAUCGGAAAGGAUGGCAAAUUCCAGAUUCUCGUUUGCCUUGGAACACGGGACCACCUGCUCCCACAGUGGAUCCCGCUGUUGGCCGAGUGUCCUGCCAUCACCAGGAUGUACGAGGAGAGCGCGCUCCUGCGGGACCGCAUGACCGUCAACUCGCUCAUCCGAAUCCUGCACACCAUUCAGGACUUCAGCAUAGUCUUAGAAGGCUCCCUCAUCAAAGGCGUAGAUGUGUAGCCCCGCUGGCUGGAAACUGUCCUGACCCCGGCUCCUGAGCCUGCCCCAGCCUCGGGAACCCACCUGAACUUGUCUGGCUAAGUGAGACACUACAAGGGCAGCACACCACGUGCCCCAACCUGAACAAUCCUCACUCUGCAGACAAGGCAAAAUGCUGUAUCGUAGUUCAUUUGAACCUGAAAUUUAGUAUAAAAUAGAGUAUUUUCAUGUGUUAGAUGUGUGUAAAUAUGCUAUCUUCUUUAAGAAAUUAUAUUACUCUACUGAAAUACUUUUCUUAGACUGAAUAUUCCUGUGACUUAAAAUAAGUAGCUUAAAGAUGCUCGGGGUGGGGGGGCGUGCUGUGGUCAGGGGGAAGCCACGGAGCUGUGACUGCAGGCGAGGGAGCCAGAGUGCGUCCUGUGUCCCAGCCGUCCAUCCUGGUGUCUGUGUCUGUCCCUUUGUGCUGUGAGUGUCCACAGCUUUACCUACUGUACCCCAAGUCCUCACUUGUGUCUUUUAAGUUACAGACCGUUUUAUACAUUUGAACUGUCAGUCACUUUUCCAGUCUUUUGGAAACGUUUUGCAGUCGGCACAAGACAAAGGCAGAAUUCCAGUAUUUUAAAUAGUAGCCCCCGGAGCGCGCUGCUCUGCAGAGAACACAGAAAGCCCUGAGGCCCACUUUGGAAAUGGGAGCCUGGACCAGCCUCAUUCUUGGCGUCAUCAGUCCUGCUCUUGGAGGUCCUCUGGGGAGAUGUGAGUUUGUGUGAGUUGCCCUGAGGUGGUCCUGGACCCCUCAGAGAUCACCCUUGCAGGCCCACCCCCCAGCAGUGGGAGGAGGCCGGCUCCAGGAGGAGUAUUCGUUGCCAUUGAUAAUGCAAACAACAGAAGCAGAGAACAGCCCACCCCGGGUCCCAGGGCAAACUUUGCAUUCCUUUGUGAGACUUGUCCUCACCAGCAGCUGGCCCUGGGAAAGCAGGAGCCACUGACAGCGGAGGCAGGAGGAGCAGGAGUUGAGAGUGGCUUUCUGGUGUGAUAUUUCACAGAGACCUUCGGGAAGUGCCACCCUCUGUGUGGGCCCCGUGACUCCUGUCAGGCACUGACUGGUCCCAGGUGUGGACAGAGCCACCCAGAGCCUCCCAGGAUCCUUUUUCUUUUCUUUUCUUUUUUUAAGACUUAUUUAUUUAUUUAUUUAUUUACUUGAAAGGCAAAGUGACAGUGACUCGCUCCCCAAAUGCUUGUAACAGCUGAGUCUGGGCCAGGCUGAAGCCAGGAGCCAGGAACUGCACCUGGAUUUCCUCCACGGGUGGAGGAGACUGAAGUGCUGGGUGUUAACAGGAAGCUGCCGUGGAAGCCGUUCGGUCAGGCGCGUUUCAGGCAGACAUGGGAUGCCACCAUUGCAGGCAGGGGCCUCACCCACUGCACCGUGAUGGCCGCCCCUGCCUCCCAGGGCCCUGGCGUAGUCUAAGGCCCAGGGCUUGAGCCAUCUGUGUAACUUACCUUACUUGCUGAAGGAAGAAACUCACCAAGUAAGUGCCUCCUUCCCUUUGUCAAGCACUGGAUUAGAUCAGGCGGGCAGCAGUCCCUGUGGCGGCUGCUGGCUGCAUUCAGAUACCUGCGAGGAGGACUGAAGAGGGCUGUGCCGCGGGGACAGAGCAGACACCUGUUUACUGAAGCGGUGUGGCGCUUGUCUGUUGUGGAGACAUCAGACCAUCCAUCCGCUGGGUAGUGAUCAGAGGGAAGGGCUCCGUAAGGUGCGCAUCUGACACAGCUGGGCAGCCAGGAAGACCACCUGGGAGAGUGUUGUGGCCCCCAGCCCUGUGGCCCAGCCCCAGGUUCUGUAGAUGGGAAGGCUUAAGGACCAGAGGGUAGAUUCUUACCCUUACCCCAGCUUGUCAGCCACAACACAGGGAGUACAAGUCAUGGGAUCAGGUCACAGCCUGCAGGAGACCAGCAGUCAGAGCGUCCGCAGUGCUGGUUUCUGUCCUCUUGGCUCUUUACCCUCUACCUGCAUGGGUAGGAGAUAAUGGCUAACGUUCACCCGUGAGCAUUAGUAUUCAUUUCCACAUGCUACUCUCAAUUCCCACUCUUAGCAGGGAUUGCAUCUGCUGUGGAAGGCUGGAGCAGCGUUGCAUUUGGGGCCUGUGAGUUGAGCUGCUGCUUUGAAAAGUAAUAACUUGAGGGAAGGCCCCACCUAGAGUUUCCCCCACUUUGUGUAGUACGUUGCAGCAGCGCGGCGACACGCACACGCGGAAGAACUGGCACCCGCUCUGCCGUGCGGGGCCCUGGUCACCCUGGAGCCCGUGUGCUGGCUGCCCACAGCCCGUGCCUGAGAACCUUCCCAGUGGCAGUGAAUCAUGACCUCUCAGAAUCAGUUUAAUAUCCGGAAAUGGCAUGAAGUCCUUCGGAUCCGAAGUGCAUGAGUACAACAGUGUGUCAGCUGAGUGUGGGGCCUCUAGGCAGUGCGGUGGGAAGUUUUUUUUACCUGUCUGAGCCAGUAGAGAAAGGUUCUGAGCACAGCGGCAGCAGAAUCCUUAGAAUAAGGAUGAAGCCUUCAAGCUUCAAGCGGACUCUAGGGGGAGGGCCAUCCCUACCUCUAGAAAUACCCUUUCUGCCAUAUUUGAAAUUAAUGUAUUGCUUUAUAAUUCUAUCUCAAACUUAAGUAAAAGUCAGUUUUAUAAUUGCCUUUUUUUUUCCUUGCAAAUAAAAUCUGAAGCCUGGGACCAUAAUGAGUAUUUCCACAUAAUAAUGGCUUGACAAGGAACUAUUUUAAAAUUAAGCUGCCAAAAAUACUACACCUGGAAAACUUUGCUUCCCAAGCUUUUUUUUGUUUGUUUUUGUUUUUUUUUUUUAAUACGAAACCCCUCAGCCUUUAUGACACAGUGGCAUUCCUGCAGUGUUGGCGUUUCCUGUGAGGUCCUGUAUCUGUCCUGGCUGGGCCACCUUAAAAAUGAGGGCAGCUUGGUUUGAAGGAGCAGGAAGCGCCCUGUAGGUGGGAGAAAAAGCCAGCUUCAAAAACCGGAGGAAGGCCGCUGCUCUCCCGCUCCGGCUCAGAUCUUCGCAGGGGGCGCCUGGACUUGGGGAAGCCUGGGUUCCCUCUAAGCGCGCUCUGAGAUGUCCCGCGCAUUCUCCGUGACUCGGAGAAGCCAUAGUGAGCCUCUGUGAGUGACGCCGGGGAAGCACUGCGCGGCCCCAGCUCCUUUUGUGGCAGGAAAGCUCUGCUGUGUGUGAAUGUAGGAGAAAAGGGAAGCUUAGGACUGCCAGGCGCUGGUGUGUCGUGGGGGGCGGGGGGCUGGGAUGCCCUGGACUGUGCGGGCGGCAUCGCAGGCCCCCGGGGCCCCAGGAAGGGCGUCCUGGCAGUGGGGCGGGCAGCUCUGCUCCGUUAGGGUUUCCAGCAGAUUUCCUUUAGGGAACUGCGUUUUCUGUGAGGUUUACAGAAGCUGGUGUGUCCCUGUCCCUCUGCCGGGGGACGGUCUGCCCUGGAGCUGUGUGUUUCUCAGUAUUACCACACCUUCACUGAUUGGGAACAGUCUUGAGCCCUGCUCCACUUUUCAUAAAGCAGCUCCUAUUCCCAAGCCCUCCCUGUCUCUGGAAUCUCUGUCUGUAAGUGUUUAUUAAAUUCGCACUUAGCAUGAAUAGGAGACACGGAAACAAGUGUAGACUUCGGGGCUCUUCAUUCCUGUUAAAGACGCUUCCGAGUCCGUGGAGUGGAGCGGAACGCCUCGCUUUCUGAAGAGGCAGCUGAUGUGUCACCAAGAGGACGGGAGGACACCGCAUCCUCCAGGGGUCAGCGCCGCCGGCCCUCUGAGGGGCCGCGUGAAGACGUGAAGACGGCUUCGGAAAGCCGCUGAUGCGCGUGAGAAAGACCCUGCAAGUGUAAUUUCUCUGGUGUCUCUCGGGUUAUGCAGGAGGGACACGUUCUUGGUCAGUAGUCUGCGUAGACGCGGGUGUGAACCCAGUCUCUAUUCUCAGCACGGUGGAGGUGCACAGUGCGUUCCGUUCCGUCGUGAGGGUGUGGAACCUUCCGAAGAAGUCCUCCGUGUUACUCUUGAACCAUAUGUAAAUGUUCCCUGUGUGUCUUUUUUUUCUAAAUUACAGCGUGUCUGCAUUUAAAUUAUAUUGUUCUCCUUUGUAUCGUUAACACAUCAGAACUGGAUUUUUUUUCCUCAUCUGAACGUAGUACAAAACUUAAAGAGUAUUGUGAUAUGAAGCACUUUAACAUACAUAUCAGACAAACUGACGUGGGUUUUUCAGGUUUUGGAGUACAUUUAAAUAUGACUUUUCAUGCUUUGUUCUUUACAAAUAAAACUGGGGUUGAUACUU